UUUCAUUCUUCAUUUUGUUGUUUAACUAUUGUUCGCUCUUAUAGUCACGUUAUGUAUCAAAUGUGAUUUGUAUUUUCAUCAAAGUUAAAUUUAUGGAAUCUUGAGUUCAAUGUGCACUAUUUAGUGUCCUUUAUUAUUAAUUCGCCAACACCUGUACUAUUUGUGUAUUUCCACAUAUUUCAUGGUUAGCUGGCUAAAUGAACCUCUCCAAUUCUGAUUUGAAUGAAUGCUUAUAUUUCAUAAACUUUAAUCAAGACAGCACUUAAAAUGGAAGUUGAGAUGGACCCAUAUUUACUGGCUUCUGCCCUGCAUUAUCAUGGACCUAAAUUACAAGAAGCAAUGGAAAAUGAAACUAAUGGAGCAGAUUUAUUUUCUGGACUGGCUAGUUUAAGCUAUCCUUCUUAUACAAAUGGACACAGUUCUGCUAAUGAUUUAGAAGAAGAAAAACAACUUAAACUACGCAGAUUUAUUGCAAAUCAUUCAAAAGCAUUUUUCAGUGUUGAUGUAUUAACUACUAACAAGCAGAAAAAUAAUGAAAACUUCGAACAGAAUUCCUACACAGUAAUGCCACCUUAUGAGACUUUCGGAUUUAUUAAUAAAGAGUUGAAGUUGAAACACUUUCUUAAUGAACUUGCUGAAGGAGAAGUUAUCGUUAGUUCAAUUGUGUCUAAAACUUCUUCCGGUCUUAUUUUGAAAAUAUUAUGCACUUACACUGAACCCAUUAGAUGUGUGUCAGACAUUAAUGUGCGUGGGUUUUGUUCUACAUCUAUCCAAGGCCUUAGUGUUGGAGAUAAUGUCUGUUGUGAAGUAUUAGAGGUUGUACCAGAAACAUGCAAGUUAAUUUGUGGCACUAAAGGCGUAAAAUGUCCUAAAAAAUAUAAGAGUUUACUUGGUUUAUUUAAUAUGGAAAAUUGCCCCCUAACUUUCAAAUUGUUCCAUGCUGGUAAAAAUAAUGAAUCGUAUGACUCUAUACUUAAAGCGUCAAUAGGAUUUAAAAAUCCCUCUAAUAUUUGUAAUUUGGAACAAAUAACGGGGUUAUCAGACGAAAGGCAUUCAAUAUUGCCUGAAUUAUCUGGGCAGUAUCCUGAAAAAGAACUUGCAUUAGAAUUAAGAAAAAUGCAAUCGGCUCAAUGGGCUAUGCAAAGUGUUUCUGAUGGAAUUAAGUAUUUUAAAGCUGGGCAACACUCUGAAGCGUUUCUUUGUCUUAAUAAAGCUUUGACAAUAGAUUCAUUAAAUGUCGAAGCUUAUGUUGCUAGAGGAGCUUUGUAUGCUAAUCUAAGUCGUUUUCCAAAAGCGCUAGAAGAUUUGAAGGCAGCUAUUAAAAUUAAUCCUAAGAAUGUAAAUGGCCGCAAAUAUCUUGGAGAAACAUUAAUGGGCUAUGCAAGGACAUUAGAGUCCCAAAACAAGCUAGAAGAAGCAUUACAGCACUAUGAAGAAUGUUUGCAAAUGAUGCCUGAUCACGAUGAAGCUAAAACAUCUAUUGAUUAUCUAAAAUCUACUCUCAUGGUAGGCAGAACAUCAUCUUCAAAUCCUUUUGAUAGUUAUACAUCAAAAAAAUUGGACACCGGUGAUCUUGAACUUGAUAAAUCUGGAAGCAGUAGUAGUAGUUCUAACGAAAGCAGCAGUGGAUCAAGUGAUAGUUCAAGUUCUGAAAGUUCUUCAGAAGAUGAAAGUAAUAGUUCGUCAGACAGUGAAUCUAAUCAUUCAUCAUCAUCUUCUAGUUCAAGUGGUGGUUCAUCGGGAAAUGAAUCUCAAAAAGUUGAGAAAGAGAGGUCUUUGUCACCAUUUAGUAAGCGAUUAGCAAUGGAUGGUGGUAGUAUAAAUGGUGGGGGAUUACCAUGCAAUCCUGCAUACAUUACACCUGAAGUUGCUCAGCCACCACAGGCAAACAAAGAGAAGGAAAAUGAUAUUGAAGCUAGAAUCCAGAAACUUUUACUAUUAAGUCAGGCAAAUAAGAGUAAAAAAGGGAAAAAAAUUGGAUCAGAUCUAAAAAAAUUGUUGCAAGAAGCAUAUGAACUGAAGAACGAAGAAAAGAAAUCAGAAAAAAUCAAGGCUAAAAAAGCAAAAGAUAAAAAAAAAUCGCAUAAACAUAAGAAAAAAGAUUCUAAAAAUAAACAUAAAAGUGGGAAAGAUAAGGAACAACAUAAAAAAAACAAAUCUAAAAAGCAUAAGUACGUUGAUCCAGUAUCAGAAAAUGAACAACAGCUAGUUGUACAAAAGUCGAACCUACCUGAUCCAGAAAGUGUUAAGUCUAACUUAUCAAAUUUAAAAGAACCCAUCUUCUUUAAAAAGUAUGUAAGACAAGAAAAAGCUGAUGAACCAAAUGUGCUUGAUAAAGGCAAUGAACAGGAGUUGGAUAUAUUUGGAGGGAAUGAAAAUAUAGAGGUACCACAUAGCAACAACUACAAAUAUAUUGAGGAUCCAUCAUUAAUUCCUACACCCAAGUUUAAAAUGCAACUCCCUACUACAACUACUACUAUAACUAAAACUAAGAAAAAAGAAACUGCUGACAUUGGACCACCUUCGUUUGUAUGGGAUAAUAAUCAGUUUUCAGGCACCCAUGAGUUGACAAAAACUCAGACAGCUACAAAAACACAGACUGUUCCUGAAACUGUUACUACAGAACUCAAGUAUCCUAGUAGUGUGUAUAAUUCAAACACAGGAUUUUUUACUAUGCCUCAACCAGUUCAUCCUGUACCUGAUAACAAUAUGGAGGGGAUAAUGAAACCAAGUCCAAGUAUGAAAGAUAGAUCACGUAGUCGAUCAGCAUCUAAAAGACAUAUGACAAAAUCAAGAAGUAGAAGUACAGGUGGUCAUUCAAGUCGGUCACCAUUUAAAAAGAAACCUAGAGAUACAUCUAGGUCUAAAACUAGAAGUCGCUCUGGCUCAUAUCCUCGUCACAGGCGUUAUUCGUCCUCUCGGUCAAACCGAAGUCGCUCUUCAUCUCGCUCUUAUUCACGUUCUCGUUCACGCUCACGUUCCAACUAUCAUCGAAAUCGCCAGCCAUAUUAUAAUAAUCGCAAUCGUGGUACAUAUUACAAGCCACGUUUCCAAAAUCAUAACCAUCAUAAUCGUGGUUUUCAACAUCGAGGAGGCUUUCAACACAGAGGAGGUUAUAUGAAUCGACAAAACUACAAUAAUAAUUACAAUAACAAUUGGAACAAUAGAGGUCAAAGAGGAGGUGGUGGAAGACCAAGAUUUUUCCAUUAUAAGCCCAGACAAUAUGACAGAAACAGGCACCAUGAAAGACGUAGUUAUUCUGGUUCGCCAAUUCGGCGUAGUCGUAGCCAUAGUAAAAGCCGUAGUUUAUCCAGAGCCUCAUCAAAGGAAUAUAACAGAAAACGUUAUUCUGGUAGUGGCGAAGAAAUGAAUGUCACUAACAACAAACCAAAAACGCCUCCAGAACCAGAUACUAACAAUAAAUGGUAUAAUGAUAAUGAUAGUUCAAACAUUGAUAAUAAUGGAAAUUCACAAGAUCAUGAAGAAGGUUCAGUGGAAUAAGCAUUUGCAAAUAUAUAAUUUUUUGCUCUUUUUUUUUUAAUUUUAUUAAUAUUAUUAAUUUUUGUAUGGAUAAAAUUGUACGCUGAAUAUAAAUUGUUUGUUUAAAUUUUGACGAAAUUCUUAAUAUAGUUUAGGAACAAAAUUAUUAGUACACUAGCUUACUAAAAAUGUUAAAAAUUAUAAAAUAUUUUAAGAGGUAUCUAAAAUAGAUAUUGAAAAAAAAUUGCUGUGUAUUAGUAUCCAUUAACAUGCAUUAUGAUAAUUAUGUCCUUUUUUUUAUUCUUAACUAGUUCAUUAUUUUUAUAUUUAUUUAUUGUGUGAACUAUUUAUUCCAUGUGGAUGAAUCAUCUAAGUAUGUUAAUGUAGGGUAAAACUUCUAAAGAUUACUUAACAUCUUUUUUUAUUAUAUUCUAGUUUUAAACUCAAAAAAAAAAAAAAAAGUGACUUGUAGACU